GAGCUUCACAAGAACUACCUGGAUCGUUCAGCAAUUUAAAAUGGAUCGCACACAUCAGGCUCCACGAGUUAUCAUCUACCCCAGGCGGGUUCAUCCUAACACAGUAAAUUGUGGCGGCGAAUGUUGUACAAAAUGUCUUCUGAUCUUUUUCACCAUUACAUGUUUACUCGUUGGUUUUAUUGUGACUAUGGUUGGCCAUCUUGCAAAGCCUUUUUGGGGUCCCGAAGAUGACUGGUGCAACUUCUGUCGAGAGGAAAGGCUUGCGACUGAGCGAAACCUGAAGAACUGUCGAAUUGUUGGGCCGAUAUUUCUGGCCAUCGGUGCUUUGUUACUGUGCGUUUCGAUUUUCUAUUGUCACUUUAAAAGGAAAAGUAAUCAAGGUCAAGUUAUAGCGGGAGCUUCCAACAUCCAAAGUGGUCAAACCAGUCAAGCAGGAACCGCUUCUACUCACUAUCCACCAAAUACCUUCGGAUAUCAACAGCCUUACGGGCAAACGCCCGCAUAUCCACCGGGACCUUACCCGGGAAACCCGCCACCAUCCGCUGCGGGAUCAUUCUCCCCAUAUCCAACAGGGCAAGCAUAUCCACCAACACAACACCCGUACCCCCCACCCGGUGGACAUGGGUAUCAGCCAUACCCAACAGAGAUGCCUCCUCCGCCAUCGUAUGAAAGUGCUGUUGAUCAAAGCACAUCUUCUCCAAGUGCUCCCCCUAUGGAAAAAGUGGGUUAGACCUAAGAAAAUGUUAGGGUAGAAACCAACUCCCAAAGGGUUUUAAAACUUGUGAACUGUUUCAUGUACAGUGAUUGGAAUAAUGAUACCAUGUACAGUUCGUGAAAGAAGAAUGGUUGUGAAAGUAUUUUAUGAUUUUAUUUAUCAUUGUGUAUUUUAUUCUAUGUUACUGUAAUGCAACUACAAGUAUUAUAUUGGAAUUAAGUACAUAUCAAGCUAGUGUAGUUCAAGAAAAUAUUGUGUAGUAUCAACCUUCCACGUGACUAUUGCAUGGAAAAAAUUUGCCAAGCAUUAUGAUAGCCUGCAGUGCAGACAUUUUCGUUGGUAUUUAAGCUCCUGAUUGAGUAGGUUUGCAGCCUUGUUGAUUUAGCAAAGGGAAGGGGAAUAAUUUAUUGGAACCAUUAAGGAAAGCAGCCAUAUUUCUCCCCAGAUCACUCCAAGCCUGAGGUCAACUCACUCUAAUUGGGAGACUGUUCACAAGCUAUAAGAACAGUUCUCAUAAGGCAGGGUUAAUGUGACGUACUUUUGUUACCCAAAAUGGUUGACCGUAAACCCUCUUGUUACCUAUUUUCCCCAAGCUUUUUUUCAUAAUGAAAUUAAUUGCAAGAAAAUUGGCAAAAUCAGAGACCUACGAAAAGAGUUUUAAUGAAAAUUAAUAAAAUGUCAUGUUAUGUCACAAAUGAACACACCAGACUGAGUUUUUUUUCAGUGUAGUUCUGUUCAACAUCAUUAAAUGUGACUUAAAAUCUGUAGCAUCAAUUCCUUGACUAUCAUUUUUUGAUUGCAAUCAGUAGUUGGAACUUUUUUAUGAAAUAUUAUUUAGUCUCAUUAAAUUUGGGUCUUGGGUCCAUAAUUUUAGGUGAAUUUAAGUUCCUGCAAAACUAAGUACUGUACCAGGCCAGAUAGUUUAGACAGGAAUACAAAAGUUACAGUAGAACCUUGCUAUCUCGAACUCUCUGCUAUUCCAAACUCAAAAUAAUUUUCCCUUAAAUAUACUUUUUCAGUCACUUACCAUCAGCCAUCUUGAACCUAGCCUCCCACACAGACACUCUCGGGGCUUGUCACGCGUUCCCUGUGGGGAAGGAACGCGUGAUGAACCCUCUACAUAGCAUCUGCGUAGGAGGCUAUCUUAAACUCCAAGAUAUCAAACUAUUUUCUAUCUCCCUUAAGAGUUAGAGAUGGUGGGGUUCAAUGUAUUAUUAUUCAUUAUUAUUAUAUGGAUUUUGUUGAUCAGUCUACAAAGCAAGAUGUCUGUGUAUUCAGUUCAUUAUCAGCUGUGCAUUUGCUCAAGCGUGAACUACAAUCGCCAUUAUGAUGAUCUAGCUUUAUAGGCCAGCAAUGCAUGUAGACAGCUAAAUAAUAAUUAAAAAAAAUAUUUAAUGGGUAUAACUAGUAACGAGUUUCAGCGGAGUAAACCUCAUUACGUAAACAGGUGCAACACAUUAAUCUCAAAAUCAGUGAAGCGUACAGCUGAUUAGGUGAAACUGAAGACAUGAUUGCAAAAUAAUACUGUGCAUCUAAUUGUGUAACAAGCAUGAUGUGAUAUGUUAUUGUUAUUAGGGAGCUUAAUAUUAAGCAACGACGAUGGCGACGCCUAAGACGAUGCCUAGUAAGAAAUGGAUGUUGUAUUUUACCUACAAAUGUCGCAAUUGUGUAGAUCUGUUCAGUAGACGAAUGAAUGAAAAAAAAAGAGCUGCUCAGGCUUAGUGUUAAGAAAGGUGCGAAAAAUUAGCCGUCGCGUUACAGCUAAUCCAAAAUACUCAGAACUUGACCAUUUCACGUUGUUCUUUCGCAGAUGACGGCUAAGACAUUAAUAUACCAAGAAUCAAAACGUUUACGAAUAACGAUUGUAUUUAACUUGGUAUUAGGCUAAUACAGUGGCAAACAGACUUGAGAAACGGAGUCUGACAGAUGUAGCGGCUAUAUGGUUACAGGAUGGUACACCUUGUAUUGAAUAUCAUGAUGGUUGGCAUAUAAGUUACUAUAUUUUGUAUUUUAUAUUGUAUGCAUUACCAUUUACAUGUAACAUGGAGGUAUUUAAGAGCCACACAAAACAAGCGGGAGGAUAAGCGUAAUUGCAUGUAAACCAAGCCAAAUAGAAAGCUUGUCUGAAAGAGGGCUGUAAGUAAAAGCUAGUAAAAGGCUGAUUAUCUAUCAUGUAAUAUCAGUGUUGUUCUGAGUUGGGUUGGAAUAAAGUAAUUUAACCUAUUGCUA